AUGUAUCGAAACAAUAAAUCACGUCGUGUUACCAAACCAACAACAUCGAAACCAGUUUACGUGUCACAGAAGCGAAACGAACUGGAAAAAGAAAAUGAAGCUGACAUAAUUCCAAGUUCACAGGAUCAAGAAAUUCCAUCAAGUCAAAAUCAAGAAACAUCUCAAAUUGCUUCACAAUCCAGAUUUCUUUCGCAACGUCAUCAAGUGUCUCGACUUACUCAAGAAUAUCAAGCAAGAGGAAAAAAUUAUUUCGAAAUCCUGCUAAUUUCUUCCAAAAUAAAAAUAACAAAUCUUGGAUGUGAAUUUAUAUUAGAAGGAGAUGAUCCCGUUUCAUUUAUUCGUCGAUUUCGUUCAAUACUGGGAUUUAAUCAAAGCUCAAACAGCAGUGUUUGUCGUUUCGUUGAUGAAUUCAAGAAAACUUUCAGUCUCAAAGAAGAUUCCAUUAAAGUUGCACAGAAAUUCCUCUCUGGAUUGAUAAUGAAGGAAUCACAUAGAACAUAUACAAGUCAAACAUCUCUCAUUCAAUGUUUCCUAGCGGUUGUCGGAUUAAAAGACGAAGUUGCGAAGCAUCUUUUAGAAAAUCUCAAAUCUUAUGUCAUUGAUCGUGGCGAACACGCAGAUGCAUUCAUUGUCGGUCUGGUCAUAGCACAAUUUAAGUUUUCUGAUCAACUUCUUGCACCAUCCACCUACAACAUGAUGUACGAAAAGUUCUUUGAAAUUCUUCAUGACACUAAAAGUGAAGCAUGUCGAGCGGUGAUUAUUUCAAAUUUUCGUGAUUUAGAUGAGUUUAAGCAAGAUGAUGCUGUUAAACGUUUGUUGGAAAUGUUUUCGGGUAAUCAAGAGUUGUUGACGCCGUUUAUUGAAACAUUCACUGAAAUGUGCAUCAGCGACGAUACGAAAGUCAGAAUUUCAAGUCUCGUACAGAAUUUACUUGAAAAUCAAUGUUCUUCAAAGUUAUAUGCAGGAAUCGUCAAAUAUUUACUUUAUUACAUGCAGUCACCAACAGAUAUUGUGGAAAAUCUCAGAAAAUAUUUAAAGUGGAACACAAAUGACGACGAGUCAGUUGUGAUGAUGAAAAAACAAUCGUCAGCUGAAGAUUUGCUAUUAAAUCACAAAAUUUUACUGCGAGUUUUGGACACAUCGAAAGUUAAGCUGACGUUUAAUGAACAUCGACUUGUGAUGGAGUUGCUAAGUUCGUUAGCUUACACUACGAGUGACAACGAAAAGCGAAGUAGCUUAGAAAGGAGGAAAUUGGAAGAAGAUCGCGCAGCACUUCAAGAGCAUCUUGAAAUGAUUGUCAGCAAGUUAAUGUGCAAUCCCGACAUGAAAAUUAAACAACUUGGAAUCAUUGGCGCUGUUAAAAUCAUCAGUUCACUUGUCGUAAAUGUUUCCACCACAAAAAGUCACAAGAAAGUCACCAAAACUCAUGACAUUACCAUUGACGAUGACAUUCCAAAAGGUCCAAUUCGUGAUGCAGCAAAACGUGUCAAUUUUGUCAUCGAAUCUGUUCGUGGCAAUCCACACGGCUUAGCGAUGAUUUACGAUGAAAUGAGUCUUGAAUUUCAAUCGAAAAGAUGUGAAUUUGAAAUCAAUCAAAUUUUCCUUACAUGGUUAAGUGAAAAGCUUUUCAAAGAGCUUGAAACUUUGACAGCUGUUGAUCUUCGUGAAGAACUUCCAUCAUCGCUUGCACAUAAAUUCAUGGUGAAUGUCGAUGACUUUGAAGAGCCAACAGUGGGAAUAAAUUUGGGACUGCAAGUAAUGAUUGAGAAGAGUGAAAAUGUUGUUGUCAUUCCAUCUUUGUUUAAAAUUACUCGUCUUCUCAUGCAACAUCGUUUCAAAGGCUUAAGCGAACUUUACGUCUUUGCUGUGAUGCCAAUCACAGUGACAGAAACUUUUGCAACUUCUGAUGAUGAAAUUGACGAGUUGCAUGAAGAGAAAACAAAGCAACAAUUGGAUCUUUACUUUCAUUGCAUUAAUUGGCUUCGAGAAAUUAUCGGAACUUAUUGUCAUUGGUCACAAGAUGAUAAAGAAGCUUUAUCGAAGUGCGUAACGCAACGUGUUAAACAACUUGUAAUGAUUGAAAACAAAUUAAAUAAACUUCUUGUCGCAGCACCUUCAAAUUAUUAUCCACCAGCUGCUGACUUCCUUGACAUUGACAUUAAGAAACGAGCAUUUGAUUGCUUAAGAAAAGAGAAGAAAAAUCUUCACAAACCUUUGAAGAAAAGUCGAAAGAAGAACAACAAUUCGACAAUUGCAAAUAAUUCAGAUGAACAAGAAUCGUCGAUUGAAAUCAACAACAAACUUCGAACAUUUUGUCGUGAAAUUGACACUCAAGUUAUUCUCCUUUUGACUGAAACGUUCAAGUUCAGUUCGGAAGAUGUUUCUGAGUAUGAGCUUGGAUUAGACGAGUUGAUGUUUCUUCUCGAUGAUAUUUAUUAUAAAAUAUCAUCAACUUGUAACCCUAGGAGUGUUGAACAACGAGGAUUCUUCGAUCCAAUUCGCACGAUUGAAGAGUUGAAAGACGCGGUGAUUCCAUUCCUUGUCAGUAUCUUUGAAGCCAUUCGUGGUGAAUUUAUUUCGAUGAGUCAGAAUGCAAAUGAAGAAGUAUUUUACACGAGAGAUGCAAACAUUUUAAAGAAUUGCUUUUGUUUGGUGUUGAAAAUUUUCGAAGUGAUUUUGUCAUGUCCCAAGUUGAAGUUGCAGAGACACAACCAAUUGUUGAAGGAAACUCUCAUGUCGCUGAUUCCAGAUGGCGAUGAAUCAAUUGAAUCGCAAGAUCAACUUUGCUUUCUUAUCAUCGAGCAUGGCACGAGUUUUGAGAGAAAUGUCAAGAAUUGUAACAGUGCAGUGGCUUUGGUGACAUUUCUCAGAGUCAUCAGUCGGUUCAGUUCAUCGAGAGAACAACACGAGCUCGUUCAUCAACUCAGUGGAGAUUUCCUGAAGAAACAAUGGAAAGAUUCAGUUGGUGAUGAUGAACAAGGCGCAACUUUUAAUGGAAAUUUGGAGAAACUUUUACAAAUCUUCGUUGACGAUGCAAAUCUGCAAAGAAUUGAAGAACUUGUUGAUAAAAUGAUGAACGACAUGAAGAAAAUUUUCAGCAAACAAAUUGAAUAUCAAGAAACAUUUCCAUCAUUUAAUAAAAAAAAUUCCCUCAACAUGUUGCGGACUUACAUGAAUCGCUUGUCGAAGAUUAUUUGCGAUACAAAUCCUGACGAUUUAAACUUCAAAUUUUGGUUGAGUUCGGCAAAGAUUUUCAAUCAAUUGACGGAGAUUUGCAAGGGAAUUUCAACACAAAAUGCUUUUGUCGUCUUCCUUAAACAUUUUCUGAUUUUCAUUCGAUUGUUCAACAAACAUGGAAUUGCAGUGUUGAAGAAUGUCGUGAAGAAUCGAGAAAAGUUCAUGGAUUUGGUGAAAACUGUUCAAAAUAUUACUCGAUUUAGUCAUUUCGCAAGUUGUGACUUGAAGCAUCGCAAGAACAAAUCAGUUCUUCACAUCAUCCCAAAACUUCAUGAAGCUCUUGCAAAGAAUUAUCAAGUUGUUUGUGCAAUUCUACCAUCAGCUGACAUUCCAGCCAGUUCAAUAAUUACUGGGACACUUAAGAACCUCGACGCACAAGGUGAAGAGAUUUUAUCACAAAAUACAAAUGCAACAAGUGAAUGUGAUGAUGAUGAUGAUGAUGAUGAAGUCAUGGAGGCAGAUGAAGACGCAGUGAUGGAUGAUUCAGACGAUGCAACCAUGGACGAAUUACAAGAAAAUCAGGAGGAUCAACCACGUAGCGGUUCAUUUCGUUCUCGAAGCACAAUACUAUAAUUAAAAGGAUUUUAUCAUUAAAUGUGAAAUUUUCCAUUGACGAUGAUUAUUCAAAAUUGCUUGAUUAUUGUUUUGUCAUCAUUUUGUUUGCUGUCAAUGGAAACGUCGCGUAAUUAUAUUUUUUAAAAACUAAUUUCCAUUACUUUACAAACAGAUACGAAAUAAUAAAAGUUUAAUAAAAUAAUUCUGCUUUCCAUC